GUCACACGUCUUCCGUUUUAGAGAGCGACGCAUUUCCGCGUUGACCCACGUUGUCCCGUUUCCAAUGAAGAUACAGCAAUUCAUAGCCAAAAAAUAGUAUUUAAUUGCUCAAAAUGAGGCCAUUGACAGACGAAGAGACGAGAACGAUGUUUGAGAAACUUUCGAAAUACAUCGGUGAGAAUAUCAAACUUUUGGUGGAUCGACCCGACGGCACCUACUGUUUUAGACUACACAAUGACCGCGUUUACUACAUGAGUGAGAAAAUUCUUAAGUUGGCCACAAAUAUUUCCCGUGAUAAACUUGUGUCAGUGGGGACAUGUUUCGGAAAAUUCACGAAGACAAACAAGUUCCGACUGCAUAUUACAGCUCUGGAUUUCCUUGCACCUUAUGCAAAGUACAAAGUGUGGGUGAAACCUGGAGCAGAACAGUCUUUCCUCUAUGGGAACCAUGUCCUUAAAUCUGGGCUUGGGAGGAUCACAGAAAACACUCAGCAGUACCAGGGUGUAGUGGUCUACUCCAUGGCGGAUGUGCCGUUGGGCUUUGGGGUAGCGGCCAAGAAUACCCAGGAAUGUCGGCGAGUUGAUCCCAUGUCUAUUGUAGUCUUUCACCAGGCUGAUGUGGGAGAGUUCAUCAGGAGUGAAGAUACUUUAACAUAAAGAAACCAGCAACUGGACUGUCAAAUUCUCCUUCUCUUUUCAUUUUUGGCAAUUAAGUCUGAAAUUCAAAUCCAGAGCAGUGGGCUCUCUUGCAAUUGUUUAGUGGCAGGAUUUAGAGGUCUGUCUCAAUGGCACAGAAUAACAGACAUUACAUCUGGCCCAUAUUUUCACGGACUGCACACAUAUGCCACUGCUGACUCACCUUGGAAUACAGAUCUCCCAUAUGCUGCAUUCCCUGAGGCUCCUGAUAUUUCUUCAUUCUAACAACACUUCUUUUUAUAUCCCAAGUCUGCAACAGUUCCAUGGACCUCAGAUGUCAUUGAAUACGCAGUGGUAUAAUACUGGCAUCCAAACAUGUGAUUUCAGUGUUAAGACUGUGAAAGCACAUUUGAAGUCUACCCAUAAAGGGUACACAGGGGCAUAAAAAUCCCCCCUUUAACUGUGUAAAAAAGAUGAUUGAUUCAAAUCUUGUCAUAAUGAAGGGGGAUUUUUUUGUGUGCAUAUUUUUGUGUUCUUUGGAAUAAAUGUGUCUAAUGUCAUCAUGCAAGCCUGCAG